AUGGCAGCUUGCCACAUUUUUUCCAUGGCCACCUAUGCUUCCAACAUGAUUUGCUAUCCACACCCAGCAAACCCAGUAAUCAAUGGAUUGAGAAAAACCCAUCACCUCCAAUUCACGGGCAGCACUUUCUGGGCAAUCCCAAUGAGUCUCUGCUCCAAUGGCCACCAUUUUCACCGACCCUUAGCGGCUGCAAGCGUAGAAGAGACAGCAAAGACAGAGAGUAAAGAAGGGAAGCCAAGGUUUAAGUUGGAUGCGGUAGACCCUGAGAUUACUGAAGCCCAGAAACAAGCUUUAGCUCAAUUGCCAUAUCAUAUGGCCAAACGUUGUAAGGCAUUGAUGAGGCAGCUCAUUUGCUAUUCUCCUCAGAAGGGUAGUUUGUGUGAGUUAUUAGCUGCUUGGGUUAGGGCUAUGAAGCCUAGCAGAGCUCACUGGCUUGCGGUUCUUAAAGAAUUGAGGAUAAGGGAUCACCCACUUUAUCUUCAGGUGGCAGAAAUUGCUGUAAUAGAAGAAUCUUUUGAAGCCAAUCUUCGUGACUAUACCAAAAUAAUUCAUGGUUAUGGGAAGCAAAACCGAAUUGAGGAUGCUGUUAAAACCCUUUCAAACAUGAAGGCUAGAGGCUUCAUAUGUGAUCAGGUAACUCUAACUGCCAUGAUUGACAUGUAUAGCAAGGCUGGACAUGUUAAGCUGGCUGAAGAAACUUUUGAAGAAGUUAAGCUCCUUGGGCAGCCCUUGGAUAAAAGAUCGUAUGGCUCAAUGAUCAUGGCCUACAUUAGAGCUGGAGUGCCAGAUCAAGGAGAGAGUUUACUCGUAGAAAUGGAUGCCCAAGAGAUUUAUGCUGGAAGUGAAGUUUACAAGGCGUUGUUAAGAGCAUACUCAAUGGUUGGUGAUACUGAAGGCGCUCAAAGAGUGUUCAAUGCAGUUCAGCUAGCUGGUAUUUCUCCAGAUGAUAAGCUAUGUGGACUUCUCAUAAAUGCAUAUGGUGUAUCAGGUCAAAGUCAAAAGGCACGUGUUGCAUUUGAAAACAUGAGGACGGCGGGUAUUAAACCGACUGAUAAAUGUAUAGCUCUAGUGUUGGCUGCUUAUGAAAAAGAGAAUAAACUUCAGAAGGCAUUAAAAUUUCUGAUGGCGUUGGAGAGAGAUGGUAUCAUGGUUGGGAAAGAAGCUGCAGAAACACUGGCGGCAUGGUUUAGAAAACUAGGAGUUGUGGAAGAGGUGGAUACAAUCUUGAGAGAAUUUGCAGAAACGGAAGCGAAUUCCAGAGUUCCUGCUACAUAG